AUGGUGCACUUGGGAGGCACACCAGCAGAGAAAGCGUUGGCCGUAAACCUGGAUGACAAGUUCUAUGGCAGUUUCGCAGAGAUUGGUGCUGGCCAAGAGGUGUCUCGCACGUUUCUGCAAGCUGGAGCAGCAGCUGGAACUGUGGCACGGUCCAUCUCCGCUUAUGACAUGAAGAUGUCCGAUGUCAAUUACGGCCAGGCCAAGCGCUACGUCACGCGGGAGCGCUUGGAACAGAUGCUGAACACCGAGUACGACCUUGUCGAAAAGACCUUGCGAAAGCAGAGAGGUGACGAUGCUUGCUUCUUCGCUUUUGCCACCACGGUUGCUGCCAAAGCCUACAAUUCAGAUCGUGAGUGUGAAGGCUGGGUGGGCUUGACAUACCAGUCAAAGCCGGGCGAAGAAAGGAGCACUGUGAUACUUCACAUCCGAAUGAGCCAGCCAACUGCGCAGUUGCAAGGGGAGGCCAUUGGAGUUUUGGGCACCAACUUGAUCUAUCUCUGCAAAGGACUGUCAGAUCCGUAUCUCAUCACAUCCUUCCUUUUGGAUGGGAUGGCGCUCAGUGACGAACCAGGCGGUGGUGGGCGCAUUGAGGUGGACUAUGUGGAUUUCAAGGGUCCGCCCUUCCAAUCCGUGGACCCGCGGCUUUUGGCUUUCCGCCUGAUCCAGCUGCGGAUCGCCAACGGGGUGAUUUUGCAACCUGAUAGCAAUGGAAACUACAAGAUGGCUGUCCCAAACAACUUUCUCUACAAAUGUCCGGUGAUUGUGGAGAGGUCUCGCUUCAAGCCGGUGACCUUCAUGCACACGGAAGUCCUGGAGGCCACAUCGUCGUGGUCGCUUGCGAUCAGGGAUUGGGUCUUGUCGGAUGUGGAAGACAAGAAUUUUCACGAACAUCUUCCAUAUAUGUAUAUAUAUAUAUGUAUACAUGUUGUUUUGUUGUUUUUACAAAGGGAACUUGAAGAUUCAGGAUUUCUUUGUGCCUCCGGUUUUGCGAUUUGGAGAGACAUCAGCAAGAAAAACAGCUUCAAUCAGGCGACUUGA